AUGACUUCCUACUUGAAAGCCAGGCAGGUCUGGGAUGUGGUGUCGGGCGACCUCCAGCGUCCAGAUUGCCAGUUCAAAUAUGCCAAGCCAAUCACGGCGGAUAUCACUCCGCUUGUGGAGCCCCACCUUAAUGGGGCGGUGCGGCAGAGGGCCAUCGAAGCACGCCUCGAAGUGGAGGUCCAAGCUUUCGAGCGUCAUAAGGAAUGGUCGCGGCGCGAAGCCGAGGCCUACCAUAUCAUCUUCCGGUAUAUAUCGCCCAAUAUCAGUGUGCACGUCGCGGGACUGGAGACAUCCCGGGAGCUCUGGAAUGAGCUGGAAGAACGAUAUCGGCGUAUGGAGCUGGCCACGUUUUGCGAGCUGUUCGCCCAGCUUCGCGAAACCACGGCCGCCCGAUGCGCCAGCACACGGGAAUUAGUCGAUCGUGUGCGGUUGCUGGUACACCGGCUGAAUGCCAUUGCUCCGGGAUCCAUCGGUGACCGAACACACAUCGCGAUUCUGUUGACCCAAAUCGGACCGGAAUACGUCCUCGUCGUGGAUGCCAUCCAGAACGACAAGGACCCGGUCAAUCCAACGACGAUUGGAAACCGUCUCGCCAACGCCGAGCAGACGGUGCAGCGAAAGGACGCUGCUACGGUCCCGCACGGAGUGUCAGGCCCCUCAAACAACGCCUCUAUCAAUACGGUGCAGAAGACCGCAAAGAAAUGCACCUACUGUAAGAAGCGCGGCCAUGUGGCCGUGGACUGCUGGAAGAAACAGCGCGAACAGCAACCACCAAGGGACCAUGCCCUAAAGACGGAAAGGAGUGUUUCUGGCUCACCAAGACACAAUUUGCAAACCAUACCAGUAAGCCAGAGGGAAGAACGGCAGGGCCCGACGACUUCCAAGAGACCGCGGAUCAAUAUCGUGAGGGCGAGGGUGACGACCCUUUAUACCCACGCGCCGGCUUCCUCCUCUCGGUGGAUCCUGGAUUCGGCCGCCACCAGCCACAUCUGUUGGGAUCGGAGCUGCUUUGUUAGCUUGCGGCCAUACCGUGAGAUGUUGGACACGGCGGGCGAUCCAGUGGAAGCCGAAGGGAUUGGUACGGUGAAGCUCACGCUCCGGGGGAAGUCCAGCCACCCCCUGGUGUUGAAGAACGUGUAUUUCGCGCCACGCAUCGGGAUGAACCUGAUCAGCGUGCCGAAGCUAUUACGCGACCGUUACUCGGUGGUGGCGCACCCACAGAACGUCUUUGUGCAGCGCCGAGGACGAACCGUGGGGACUGCCUACCAUGCGGAGGAGGAUCUGUUGAUCCUGCGGUGCCAUGUGAGCCCAAGAUCCCGAGAGCGAGUCCAACUGGCGAGGGCGCCGACAAACCGUGGGCAUGCAGAUUCCCUGGAACCGCAGGCGGUGGCCAUGGAUGUCGACGACCCUCAGGAGUCAAGUGGCGUAGGAUGCGCAUCGCCAACCUCUGAACUCGGUGGUGAAGCUCGGAUACUCGAAGAAGAUGCGUGCACAGGAGUGAACCAGGCCUCCGAAGCAUUAUGGCACGCUCGGAUGGGACAUCUGAACCGGGGUGACUUAAGGGUGAUCCUCCGGCAGACCGGCACUCCGUACCGACCACUGACGCACAGCGAACUGCUGGCAACGCCGCAGUGUCCAGCGUGCAUGUCGGGCAAGCAGCAUCAGAAGAGGAGCUCCCGUGCAAGACGGCCACGUCUGCACUCGUCAAGAAUCUUUGAAAUGAUCCAUUCGGACAUUAUGGAAAUGCCAGUUGCUAAAGAUGGCUCUAGGUACGUGAUCACCUUUACUGACGAUUAUUCGCGCGGCUCCUGGGCCUAUGCCAUGAGAUGGAAAUAUGAAGCGCUGCAGAAGUUUCGACAAUUCGAGGCCUGGGUGCACCGACAGUUCGGCGCACAGAUCAAAAGGUUCCUCACCGAUAAUGGGAGAGAAUACUUGCCGAUCGGAACACACCUCGAGUCCCAGGGAGUUGAGUUUGACACGUCGCCGCCAUACUGCAAAGGGCAGAACGGGCUGGCGGAACGCACGAAUCGCACUAUCCGGGAGCGGAUCAACACGCUCCUGUCCGAUGCGAAACUUCCUCCUUCCUGGUGGACCGAGCUCUUAGACACGGUAGUCUAUCUUAAGCUGCGCGCGCCAGCAUCAAUCCUACAGAAGAAGACACCGUAUGAAGUCAUCUACGGGAAGCCACCCAAGCUGUUGCAUCUACGACGGAUCGGCUCCCGCGCAUGGGUAUUGAUCCCUAAAGAGCAUCGGGCGAAGAUCGGACCACGAUCGUCUGAGUGCCGACUGCUCGGGUACUGCGAACCCAAUCAGUACAAGCUUUAUGAAGUACACUCUGGAAGGACCAUCUUUUCCCGUGAUGUCGAGUUCGAUGAAAGGACCCCUGUGGCGCCACUCAUCGAGGGGGAAACAGGCAACGACCUCCCGGACAACGCUCCUCCAGCACCUGUCUUUCCUGAACCAAUGCUGCCUCCAUCUGGUGGGCCACCUACGCCGCCGCCAUCUCCUGACAAACUAGAGAACGCUGCUCCUUGUGAGCGAGUUGAUAACGUGCCGACUGAUUCUGAACCGGUUGAUGUUCCCUCACCAGUCAAUCCAAUCCAGCACGAAACAGAGGCCACACAGGACCUUGGUUAUUCUUUGUAUGGCCGAAGACGAAGAACUUCCAGGCGUCUCUUGGAGUCUCUAGGAAAGGUGUAUGCGACAGGGACAUUGAAUGCAACUGUCGCAAAAGACGUGGAUCCUCUGACCUUCCACGAAGCUGUGUCAGGACCCAAUCAGCUGGAAUGGUGGGCAGCGAUCCAGAAAGAAUACGCUUCUCUUCUAGAACAUGGCACAUGGGAGAAAGUUACACGAAAUGAAGUUCCCCCCGGGGAUCGGAUUAUUGGCUGCAAGUGGGUAUUCAAGACGAAGACUAAUGGAAUCCGGAAAGCGCGAUUGGUGAUCAAAGGCUACCGACAGAAACAUGGUAUCGACUAUCACGAAACCUUCGCGGCUGUAUCCCGAAUGGAUUCGGUCCGCAGCAUCGUUGCGAGUGCCGUGCUGCGUGGGUGGAAACUCCACCAAUUCGAUGCCGUCACUGCGUUCCUCCACGGUGAUGUCGAUUCGUCUAUCUACAUGAAGCUUCCAGAAGGCUUUGAGGAAGACGGAUGCGUUUGUCGUCUUCGACGCUCCUUAUACGGACUGAAGCAGGCACCACGGAUUUGGUACCAGUGCGUCCACCGUGUCCUGGUAGCUCACGGCUUUACUAUGGCCCAGUCCGACAAUUGCGUCUUCUAUAAGCCUAACUGUGUCGUCUGCGUCUAUGUCGAUGACUUUCUGGUUGCAGCCGCGGAUGACGCCGAGAUCCAGCAACUUCGAAGAGCCCUGGAAUCGGAGUUCAAGCUGAACGAUCUGGGAACCCCGCGCUUCUUCCUUGGAAUCCAAUUCGACUUCCAUGUGGAUGGAUCGAUUUCGAUUCACCAACAUCAAUACAUCCAAAAGGUCCUUUCCGACUUUUGCAUGGAGACCUGUCAACCGAAGUCUACACCGAUGGCUCCGAAAGUUCUCCUGAAUAACCUUCCCGACGGGAGCGACCUGGAUGAAGAUACGAAGGCUCGGUUCGGGACCGCAAUCGGAUCACUGAUGUAUCUUAUGGUCGGUACGCGCCCUGACAUCGCGUUUGCGCUUGGGACGUUGAGUCGUUUCACAUCCCGACCGCAGUCGCAUCACCAAGCCGCACUGCAGAGACUGCUACGCUAUGUCAAGGCCACACAAUUCUAUCGCAUCACAUACCGCAGCGGGCAGUUGAUCGGAUACACCGAUGCCGACUUUGGUGGCUCGGUCGUCACUGAUGGUGCAUACUCCACGUCCGGCUAUGUGUUCAAACUUGCGGGAGCACCAGUUUCCUGGUCGUCCAAAAGACAGGGGGAAGUAGCGACGUCCACGACUCACGCCGAGUAUAUUGGCCAAUACAAUGCCAUCCUUCACCUACAAUGGCUCCGCACGUUCCUGGCAGAGACCGACCUGUUUCGAUCGCCGGUGACCAACAUCAUGGCUGACAACCAAUCCGCCAUUGCUCUCUCCCGUAAUCCUGAAUUUCACAAACGAACGAAGCAUUUCAACGUGAAGUUCCAUUACCAGCGAGCUGUUCUGAAUUCAGGAGAGAUUAGUCUCGAAUAUAUUCCAACCGAGGAACAAGCAGCUGAUGGACUCACCAAGCCUUUGGGGCCUUCUCCAUUUAUCAAGUUCUGCAAGCUUUUGGGAAUCUGCACUGAAGAACACAUGAAGGAAGAUGUGUAACAGGGAUGGCGCUCUUUCCACUAUUUCUCCUCUUCGAGGUUUUGAGUGGUUUUACCGAGGCCUGACCGAUGUGCAUAUAUUCAGUAUCGCCUCGCUAGCAAGGCGAUCCUGAGGGGGAAUGUUGUGAUACCUGGCACUUGCUGCUCAGGAAUGAAGCCGCAACAUCGGAAAUAAUUCCUGCUCUAUGUAUAGGAAGAACCAAGUUGAUUGGAAAUCAACUUGGACUUCAUGCUGUAUAUAUAGCCUCAUGUAUUUCCUCAAGAAGAAAGUCAAGCUUCCUUUUGUAUUUACAACAAUAACCACUCGCGACCACGCUGCGGUGGUCCACGAAAGCUUACUGAAGAAGACCGAG